AAUUGUCCUUGAAACCGAUUUAAUGUGCAGGAUGACAAGUGCCCUAUUUUUUUUUUUUUUUUUAAUUUGCCCUAAAAUUUUUGAACAGCUAUUUGUAAUUUGCCAAACCGGGACUCCACCCUCUCCACCUGAGGUGGUGAACUAGAGCCGCCAUAGCCACAGCUCUCUCCGGCACUCACCAAAGUUGAAAAUUUUCAAUGUCUUUGUUUCGAGUCUCUCGAGCUUCUCUUCGCCUGCGUAGGUUACAUCAACCGCUCUCUCUCUCUCACUCCAUCUUCCAUCCAAUCUUCCCUUCUUCCCCUCCCAUCUCAAUCCCUAACCCUAACCCUAACCAUGAUGUCUUUGACUCUCCAAUCAAACCUCCCUACACUCGCAUUUCCAGCUCCGAAAUUUUCCGGGAAAGUUUCAAAUUCAUGUUCAAGUUCGAAUUCAUCGACUUGAAUUCAAGAAGCAUACCAGGUCAGUACGCCUUUAUCUCCACAUCGUCUGGCGUAGCAGAAAAGAAGGAGGGUCCGAAGGAUAAUGGUGCCAAUGUGGCGUCUUGGAUUGAUUUGUACCUGCCGGAGCAAGCUCGGCCGUAUGCUCGCCUUGCUCGGUUGGAUAAGCCAAUUGGGACUUGGUUACUUGCUUGGCCUUGCUUCUGGUCAAUUACUUUGGCAGCACCUACUGGGAACCUUCCUGAUAUUAAAAUGUUGGCACUAUUUGGUUGUGGGGCUUUGCUUUUAAGAGGUGCUGGAUGCACCAUUAAUGAUCUCAUUGACCGUGAUAUUGAUACGAAGGUAGAACGGACGAAGUUGAGACCAGUUGCAAGUGGUGUUUUGACACCAUUUCAAGGGCUUUGUUUUCUCGGGUUUCAAUUGCUCUUGGGACUUGGCAUUCUCCUUCAACUUAAUAACUAUAGCCGUCUUCUAGGGGCUUCUUCCUUGCUGCUGGUCUUCUCUUAUCCACUCAUGAAGAGGUUGACAUUUUGGCCUCAAGCCUUUUUAGGCUUAACCUUCAACUGGGGAGCAUUAUUAGGAUGGUCUGCAAUUAAAGGAAGUCUUGAUCCUGCUGUUGUCUUCCCACUUUACAUUUCUGGGGUGUUUUGGACACUUGUGUAUGAUACAAUAUAUGCACAUCAGGAUAAAGAAGAUGAUUUGAAAGUGGGUGUUAAAUCUACGGCCCUGAGGUUUGGGGAUUCAACUAAGGAGUGGGUUACUGGGUUUGGCAUAGCAUGCAUCAGUAGUCUUGCCUUGAGUGGAUUCAAUGCUAAUAUCGGAUGGCCAUUUUAUGCAUGUCUGACUGCUGCUUCUGGUCAAUUAGCAUGGCAGAUUUUGACGGUUGAUCUGUCAUGUCGGGAUGCCUGCAAUAGGAAAUUUGUCUCAAAUAAAUGGUUUGGUGCUAUUGUUUUCAGCGGGAUCCUAUUUGGAAGACUUGCAUCAUGAUGGUGUCAAUGACUUCUAAAACUCAAGGUCCUCUGGAGAAAAUUUUCAUUUCAAACUGCAGAUUGUUGGGCAUGACAAGGUAACUUAUGCUGAAACUAGAAGGCAAAAAGUCUGUUACUUAUUGCUACUUUCAAUUAGAAUUUGAAAGCUACCCUGUUGACACCCGGUGCCUCGGUUUAGAACCUCAGAAACUAUGUUGUUACCCUGACCGCAAAGAUUACUCUCGGCAAUUGGUGAAUUGUGCACACUUCAGAGACUCAACUGCUCUCGAUUAUUAUACAGAAAUUAAACCACAAUCUUUUGCAGAAGCUGAAGUUAUUUUUCAGAGAAUAAUUUAAUUUGGUUGGCAUAGGCGGUGUUAUAUUGAAGUUGCUGUUGUUGUAAGAUCCAAUUGUUUUAAGCUUGAUACAACUAAAAAAAAUCAACUGGUAUUUAUAUCCUAGGAGUUUCAUAGUGGUCAAUAUUUAUGUGGGUGUUUAGGAGGUUACUAUUUUAGUUUUUGGCUAUUUUACGAGGUUAAAAUUUUUGUGUUUGGGAAAGAUAGUUGGAUUUUUUUGUAGUUGGAUGUGAUAUUUGUGAGA